AUGCUGACAGAAGACAUGAAGCUCUGGCAUGGCUUAGUGAUCGCAGUCGUGUCCCUGGUCCUACAGGCCUGCCUCCUCGCAGCCAUCUACUACUUGCUCAGCAGACACAUGGCCAAAGAGAAUGAACAGUUACUCAAAAGAUCCAGGCUCUGGGCCCCCAAGCCCAGCCCUGCCCACCACCGCUCCCCUGCUGCACAGGAGACGAAGGAGACGAAGGAGAUGAAGGAGACUGGGGCAGAGAGAAGCACCCCUCCGUGGGAGCCCCGUUACAGGAAUGACUGCAACACAUCCUCAGAGAGCUCCGACAACUCGGACAGCGCCGGCCGCUCGCCUCCCCCCUGCCAGGCCACCAAGAAGGUGAAUUACACACAAGUGGUCUUUCCAGCCACAGGAGGACUAGACAAUGAAUCCGCCCUGGACUAUGAGGACAUCGAGGACAUGACAGAUUAUGUCAAUAUCAACCCAAAAAGCCACAAGCACAAUCUCUGGACUUUUGUGAACCCUGCUGCCUCUGAGCCCGUAGAGUACUCCCAAGUGGCCAUGUGAAGUCUAGGGUCUGCCUUUCUAAAUGGGGUCAAGUUCUCUACAAAUUCUCGUACUUAUUUCGUAGGGAAUUACUUUCUGUGGUUUUUUUUUGUGUGUGUGUGUUUUCUUAACAAAGCUUGGGAGAAAAAAUAGGCUGUAUCUCAGCAAGAAAGGCUCAGAUGGGAAGUUAGGAAGAGCUUCCAGGUUGAGUCUGAGCUCACUGAAGCAGAUCAGUAGGGAAAGUCUCCAUAGAAAAUUGUUUUUAAAGAUUUUAAUCAGCUAUAGUAGAGUCCUGUUUGGCAGCCUUACAAUUAAAUUAA